GUAAAAGUUUGAACUGCGGUUUGCAGAUACGAAAUGGUGGACGACGCAGGGAGGGCGUUGUGUAAUGCCAGCGAGACUCCACUGCUGAGGCCGGAGGCGCGAGUCUCGGGCAACGGGGAUCUGCAGUUUCUGGGCUGGAAUGUGCCACCGGAUCAGAUACAAUAUAUACCGGAGCAUUGGCUGACACAAUUGGAGCCGCCGGCAUCGAUGCAUUACAUGCUCGGCGUAUUCUAUGUAUUUCUAUUCUGCGCCUCGACCGUUGGCAAUGGCAUGGUCAUCUGGAUAUUCAGUACUUCGAAAUCCUUGCGCACACCAUCGAAUAUGUUUGUGCUGAACCUGGCCGUAUUCGAUUUAAUAAUGUGCCUUAAGGCGCCCAUCUUCAUCUACAAUAGUUUCCAUCGAGGCUUCGCAUUGGGCAACACAGGAUGUCAACUUUUUGCUGCCAUUGGUUCGUAUUCUGGAAUCGGAGCCGGAAUGACAAAUGCGGCGAUUGGUUAUGAUCGUUUCAAUGUCAUAACGAAGCCAAUGAAUCGCAACAUGACCUUUACCAAGGCCGUCGUCAUGAACGUUAUCAUAUGGCUUUACUGUACUCCAUGGGUAGUCCUACCAUUGACGCAGUUUUGGGAUCGAUUUGUGCCGGAGGGAUAUCUAACUUCCUGCUCAUUUGAUUAUCUCACGGAUAACUUUGACACACGUCUAUUUGUGGGCACCAUAUUUUUCUUUAGCUUUGUGUGCCCCACACUGAUGAUAAUGUACUAUUAUAGCCAAAUUGUGGGACAUGUUUUCAGCCACGAGAAAGCACUACGCGAACAGGCCAAGAAGAUGAAUGUGGAAUCACUGAGAUCCAAUGUGGACAAGAGCAAGGAAACCGCUGAGAUACGAGUUGCCAAGACAGCCAUAACCAUCUGUUUUCUAUUCUUUGUUUCCUGGACACCUUAUGGUGUAAUGUCCCUAAUCGGAGCAUUCGGAGACCGAAGUUUGUUGACACCUGGAGCAACAAUGAUACCAGCUUGCACCUGCAAGCUGGUGGCCUGCAUAGAUCCAUUUGUGUACGCCAUCAGUCACCCGAGGUACCGCCUGGAGUUGCAGAAACGUUGCCCCUGGUUGGCCAUCAAUGAGAAGGCUCCCGAAGGCAGCUCAGCGGCAUCCAUAGCCACACAGGAACAACAACAAACAACUUCAGCCUAAAUAAUGACAAUAGACUAACGACUUUUGAUCACGUUGAACCCGUAAACUAUCCGGAACUGACAUGAAACUGGAAAUCUCUAUGAAUUCGUAAUAUUUAUGCCACUGUCUUAUUAUAACAAAUCAACAAUCAAUCUUAUUUUGUAGAGUAAAUAUUAAUGGUAGUGAAUUAUUGCAAGUUGUGAGAAGAAAAAUACAAAAAAAAAAAAGAUAUAAAUAAAUGAAAGCAAAAGAA